AUGUGGCCCAAGUACUGCGCGGAUUCUGCGUCUGUACGGUUUGGGGUUGGAGAUAGCGUGAAGGUAAAGCCGAAGCCUCCGUUGUUUGAGCUUGAAGGUAUUAUGAUGAAGACAAAAGAAGUGCUGAAGGAACGAACCGUGAAGUCGUUGCUUUUGUUGAGCAAACUCACCGGUUUGUGGAAGAAAGCUGUUCCGGCAACGUUUGAGUUUCGAUCGAGGAGUUCAAGGAAGAGCACAAACAAGAGUGAGACCAUGGAUCUUGCUUUGCCCAUAAAUGGUGGAGAGAUGAGCUACCAAAAGCAAAUUGAGGAAAAGAAGAAGAUGACAGCGAAGGUUACAAGGGAGUUUGGUUUCUCAUACAGAUUCAAUGAAGAAGAAGAAGAAGAAGAAGAAGAAGAGAAUGACAAUAACUUCCUAACUUGCAGGAUUUACCUGGUUUCCGUACCCAUUGAUGUAACAAUCAAGCGCUGCUCUGCUCAGUCCAGCCAUUUCAAAACAGUCGGCCCAUUUUUCGAGCUUGUUUUCCAAGACCAGUCGUUCCGUACAGUAGAUGUACCCAAAAUGCUUCAUCUGCUAGGGAAUCAUUAGCACGCUUGUUCCGUAUGGUCAAGACUUUUUUAUAUGGAGAUUUCAUCGGUCUUUAGAGGCUUACCACAUCAGGGUAUGCGCUUAUUGCACAGGCGUGAAUUGCGUUGAGCGCACACUCAGCUUCUCCGUGCUAUAAACAGAGCAACAAAAUGCAUUAAUCGAAUGCUCAUGUACUACAAUGCAAGUGCAGACAAGACAAGAAGAGUGCAAGACCUGGCAGAGAAUGCUGCCAUCUGGUCUUAUCACUGCGUUUCCCCAUGGGACGAGCUGGAGAUCAAUGGCUGAGAUUAAGCCGCUUUCGAAGAUCUUAGUCAAGUGGUUAACAAUGAACUCUGCACAGUAGGGGCACAGAGCUUCGUAGUAUAGACUUAGUGUGACUUUCUGGCUUGAAGACGGAGAUAUGAGGCAUAAGAAGAUUGUGAAACUUGUGAUGCACAACCUGAGAUAUAUCGCCAUUGAUGAAACACGAAGAAGAGGUAGAAUUGUUUUGACACUUGCUUUAUUUUUCAAAAGCUGUUUCAAAGAUUCCUUGCUGUAUUCAUUGUAUAAGGCAUCUUCUAAGCUUCCGAGUUUUGACGUUAUAACGUUCACUGUGGCGCUGCUUCGUCAAAUGGCACGUAGUUCUUUUGUCUUCCAUUUCUAAACGGCGUGAUGGUUCUACACAAUUGACUCUUAUAUAACUUUCACACAUGAUUUUGUUUGUAUUUUAAAUUUACCUAAAUAUUUCAAAUUUACUUAGUGGUGUUUUAAAUAUUGUAGAAAGUCGUUAUAAAAACCCUUUAUUUGCAAUUAUGAGAAUAUUAUCCUUUC